AUGUCUUCCGAUUAUGAUGUUCACAUUAACAAUGAUGAUCACUUUCAAGCUGUGUAUAAAAGUUAUUCAUCUGCAUUUUUAACUGAUCGUAAUCGAACGAAUGUCGAAACUGGUGGUAAAAUUUUACUUCCACAAACAGCACUCGAACAAUUAGCUGAACAAACUGGUAUUAUGUUAUUUAAAAUAACAAAUCUUGAAAAUAAUCGUUCAACUCAUUGUGGUGUAUUAGAAUUUUUACCAGAUGAUGACUCUAAUUGUUAUUUACCAUAUUGGAUGAUGAAUUAUUUAUCAUUAGAUGAAGGUAAUGAAAUACAUAUUGAAUCUGUUCAUUCAUUACCAUUAGGUACAUUUGUACGUUUUCAACCUCAAUCAAAAGAUUUUCUUGAUAUAAGUAAUCCACGAGCUGUUUUAGAACAUGUUUUAAGAAAUUUUAGUUGUUUAACAAAAGGUGAUCUUAUAUCAAUAAAUUAUCUUAAUCGUAAUUAUGAAUUAUUGGUUUUGGAAUUAAAACCUUCAAAUGCUGUAUCAAUAAUUGAAUGUGAUAUUGAAGUUGAUUUUGCUCCAUCAAUUGAUUCUAUUGAAGAUAAAACUUGUUCAACAACAAUAAAUGAUGAACAUAAUUAUAAAAAUUCAUCAAUAUUUAUGCCAUUUUCUGGUCAAGGAAAUUAUUUAAAUGGUAAAGUAAAAUUAAAUUAUAAAGAACAACAAAAUAAUAUAGAAAUUUUACAAAAACGUGGAAUACCAAAUUAUAAUUAUAAAUAUGGUUUAUUACAAUUUCCACGUAUACCUUUACAUUCGAUAAAUAAUGAUAUAAAUAAUGAAGUAUUAGAUAAAAAUUCUUCUAAUAUAUUUCAACCAUUUACAGGUCAAGGAAAAACUCUUAGACAACCUCGAAAUUAA